AUGACUGGACGCCAUGGAUAUGAAGGACGCCCGGAGCGUCAGAACGAGUACUUUAUCCCUGGUGAUGGAAUUAGCCGGGAAGUCAUCCAAGCAGACAUUUGCCGUUACCUUGGAAAUGAUGCACUCGUAAGACCCGGAAACCAUAAUGGUCGUCAGGGCUACUUCAUCCGUGCUUAUCGGAAUCUGACUUCUGAAAUGAUUGCUGAUCUCAAAGCGGACUCAGCGCGCUGGGAAGCAGACGUCAUGCGUCGGGCUGACCAAGGCUAUCCGAGAGCGCCUUACGCAUCUUCUUCUAUUCAUGAAGUGCGCCAGCAAGGAGGCCCAUCACCGCCACCUGCGUACUCUCAACCACCUAGUCAACCCUAUGUGGAUCCAUACACUCAGGCCCCGUACGGUGCAACCCAGAGCCCCCCAUACACAGCUCCAUCAUCAUAUCCUUCAAGCCAUUCGCCUUUUGCGGCAGGACAGAAUCCCUACCCUCCGCAAGUCCCUUACUCUGCUCCAGGCCAGCCCGCAGUGUCUGCCGACAUGCACCCAUCAUACACCUACACGAGCAACACUGGCUAUCCCUAUGAGAACGGGAGAAGUAAUGCUCCACGCUACACAGGACCUGGCUAUGAAACUGAGUCGGACUAUUCCCCGGUCACCUCUGGAAUGACUUAUCCUGCCACAACAGCUCCCGAUCCCCGGAUAGGAAUGGAUCCCAGAUAUACCCCGGAGUUUGACCGCAACAGGCCACAGGCAACAAGAGAGAGCCAGGCCCCGCGUCGAACCCGGUAG